CGAGCAGGGGUUCUCGCGAGAUUUAGCCUGCAAGCCCUUGCUGAUAUUGGUCGGGAAACCCCUCGUUCUUCCUUUUCCCCGAGAUGGCUCCGAAAGCAAAGAAGGAAGCUGUCCCUGCCAAGACUGAAGCGAAGUCUAAGGCUCUCAAGGCCAAAAAGGCUGUUUUAAAAGGUGUGCACAGUCACAAGAAGAAGAAGAUCCGGACUUCUCCUACAUUCCGGAGGCCUAAAACCUUGAGACUUAGGAGGCAACCCAAGUACCCCAGGAAAAGUGCCCCCACAAGGAACAAGCUUGAUCAUUAUGCCAUCAUCAAGUUCCCUCUGACCACAGAGUCUGCCAUGAAGAAGAUCGAGGACAAUAACACUCUGGUUUUCAUUGUUGAUGUGAAAGCAAACAAGCAUCAGAUAAAACAGGCAGUGAAAAAGCUGUAUGACAUAGAUGUGGCCAAAGUAAACACCCUCAUCAGGCCAGACGGUGAGAAGAAGGCAUAUGUCCGUCUAGCUCCUGACUAUGAUGCGCUUGAUGUUGCUAACAAGAUUGGCAUCAUCUAAACCUGCAGCCACAUGUUCCAUACAGAAAUAAAUCAAAUAAACCAA